UAACCUCUUUUCUGGCUGUUCCUUGAGCAAAAUAAGAUUUUUUUGGGACUUCCAAAAUAAAUCGCAGGUAAUUUACGAAGCCUAGAGCCAUCCCCGUUUGAAACAAAGUUGGAAAGAUAGUGAAAAAGUUACUCUAACAGAAUUUGUGACUAUUUUUUGUGUAAAAUCUGUGAAAAAGGAGAAAAAUUGGUCCAAACUUUGACAACCCUCUCUAACCUAUAAACUUUGUUGACAAGAUUUUGCAUGUUAAAGUUUUCGUUAUUUUCAAAGAUUUCUUACUAUUUUACUUAUUUAGUAUAUCUAACACGUUAAUAAAACCAUGGUUCGUAUGAAUGUACUAAGUGAUGCCCUUAAAUCCAUUAAUAAUGCUGAAAAGCGUGGGAAGAGGCAGGUCCUUAUCCGUCCCUGCUCGAAAGUUAUUGUUAAGUUUCUCACAGUAAUGAUGAAACAUGGUUAUAUUGGAGAAUUUGAAAUUGUUGAUGAUCAUAGAAGCGGUAAAAUUGUUGUAAACUUAACUGGUAGACUAAACAAAUGUGGUGUCAUUUCACCUCGUUUUGAUGUACCAAUUACGCACAUAGAAAAGUGGACAAAUAAUUUGUUACCUUCUAGACAAUUUGGAUAUGUUGUAUUGACUACAAGUGGAGGUAUUAUGGACCACGAAGAAGCUAGACGAAAACAUCUUGGAGGAAAAAUUUUAGGGUUCUUCUUCUAAUGUAAAUUAUUACAAUAAAUUUUUUAAUGUAAGAACAA